GUAGCUAGCUCUUUUAGCAAAUCGGCUAGCCGCUGCGACGCCGCCGCCUCUCUCAGCUCCGGUCCGUCGACCCUCCGACUCCCCCCGGAAAGAGAUCCUCUGGGUUCACCGUUGGCCACUCGACGUCGGUACUUUAUCAUGAUAGAAGUCGACUAAGCGGCUGGUUGAUUUGUUUUCAGAGGUCUUAUCGUUGAUAUUUUUGGCGGGGACCAGACCGGUUUGACCAACGCGACGGAGCUAAAAGAAGGCAGCUCGCUCCGAGAACAGGCCGCCGCCGUCAUGGAGGACAAAUCCUUCACUAAAGAGUUGGACCAGUGGAUCGAACAGCUCAACGAGUGCAAGCAGCUCUCGGAAAACCAGGUCCGGACCCUCUGCGAGAAGGCCAAGGAGAUCCUGACCAAGGAGUCCAACGUUCAGGAGGUUCGAUGCCCGGUGACGGUGUGCGGCGACGUCCACGGUCAGUUCCACGACCUCAUGGAGCUGUUCAAGAUCGGGGGCAAGUCUCCGGACACCAACUACCUGUUCAUGGGCGACUACGUGGACCGAGGCUACUACUCCGUGGAGACGGUCACGCUGCUCGUCACGCUAAAGGUUCGUUUCCAGGAGCGAAUCACCAUCCUGCGAGGGAACCACGAGUCGCGGCAGAUCACGCAGGUCUACGGCUUCUACGACGAGUGCCUGAGGAAGUACGGCAACGCCAACGUGUGGAAGUACUUCACAGACCUGUUCGACUACCUGCCCCUCACCGCGCUGGUGGACGGACAGAUCUUCUGUCUCCACGGAGGUCUGUCUCCCUCCAUAGACACUCUGGAUCACAUACGAGCUCUGGACCGCCUGCAGGAAGUCCCACAUGAGGGCCCCAUGUGUGACCUGCUGUGGUCCGACCCUGAUGACCGUGGUGGGUGGGGCAUCUCUCCCCGGGGUGCCGGCUACACCUUUGGACAAGAUAUCUCUGAAACCUUCAACCACGCCAACGGACUCACUCUGGUGUCCCGCGCCCAUCAGCUGGUCAUGGAGGGCUACAACUGGGGCCACGACAAGAACGUGGUGACCAUCUUUAGUGCUCCGAACUACUGCUACCGCUGUGGAAACCAGGCGGCCAUCAUGGAACUGGACGACACUCUGAAAUACUCUUUCCUUCAGUUUGACCCCGCCCCCCGCCGCGGCGAGCCCCAUGUGACCAGACGCACUCCCGACUACUUCCUGUGAAUGUCCAAAGCCAUCCCCUGUCCAUCAUCCACGAAGCUCCGCCCCCUCCCCUCUCAUUUUGGAUGGAAAGAAGAUAUUAAUAAUAAUAUUACUGUACCAGGGAGAAUAGAAACAAACGAUUGGCUGACGAACCAAGAUUUUAACCUGAAGAGCGCCCCCUCUAGUCCUGUUUCAGUAUGCUGUCAUUAACGCUGUGCUUCUGGGGAGAAACAACUAUGAUCUGUUUUUGUUUUUGUUUAUCACAUGUUUGAAAACGAGAUAAUAAAACUACCAACGUGGACCAAAUGUGCCAUAUUCUGAUCCUUUUACAACAUGUACAACGCGCGCUUUGUUUAUUGUUCUUUUGUUUUUGUUUAGAUGAUAACUCUCCUCACCGACACACCACACUCUUCUUCUUCUUCUUCUUCUUGGCAUAUGUGCUUUUUAUUUUUUUCUGUUGCAAGAAUCAUUUUUAAAAACCCAGGAAAUCAAAGUUUGCUUCAAGUAGUUGAGCUGAGGGCUUCAGCUGCAGCCGGCCGUCAUCUCAGACGAUAUAUUCCUGUAAUUUGAAUAAAGACAACAGACGUAUGAAAUAAAAAUGUCCUAUUGACAAACUA